UUGAUUUAUGGGAUAUGCCUGCACAAAAGUAUUUUCAUGGUCUUAUGUCCAAAUUGUAUGAUGAACGUAAAGAUGAUCCUGAAGCAAAGGAUAAAUUCAAUGACAUUUUUCAAUUACUCAUGAACGCUGUAAAUGAUUCUGAAAUUGAAGAUAUUACAAUGGAACAAACUACUAAUGAAAUAAAUAAUAAUUUGAUAGCGAAACAGAAUGAUAAAUAUCUCAGCAAGAUAGAGCUUUUUGCCCAAGGGUUCAUGCUUUUAAUUGCUGGUUAUGACACAACAGCUUCCGUUUUACAAUUUGCAGCCUAUAUGCUUGCAAUGCAUCCCGAAGUUCAAGAAAAAUUGCGAGAAGAAAUUAAUAGUGUGCUUGGGAUAGAUGAGGAUAUUUUAUAUGAACAUUUAAAAAAGAUGGAUUAUCUUCAAGCGUUUCUGCAAGAAACGCUAAGAAUGUAUCCACCAGCUCCAGUUUCAAAUCGUGCUUGCAAUUCUAAUCUAACUCUAAACGGAAUUAAUUUACGUGAAGGAGACCUCGUUUCUAUACCGAUUUAUUCUAUUCAACACAAUGAAGAAUUCUACCCCGAACCUGAAGAAUUUAAGCCAGAGAGGCAGUGA